AUGUCCGACGAUCUGGUAGCUCUGGCUAUCCAUUCGCCGUUCCGCAAAGAUCCGUUCAAUGUAAAUAUCCCUCCAACUGAGUUGGUUUCAACGAUCAAGCAGCACCUGGUUUCUUUGAGCCAGCUCCAUCAGCCGCUUAGUGCUUUCGUUUUGCAGUUCAACAACGAGCCGGUCAGCCCGCUGGUUUCCGUCCAGGAUGCUGGUCUUAAAUCAGGCGAUGCAUUGUACAUGGUGCCUAGCAAAUACACUUUUGCCGAGGCCGUGCAGCAUAUCCGCCAAACCCGUGAGAUCCUGGGUCUCAAAUCCACCGUGCCGGUUCUCCCCGCGGUGAAUCAGGGUGCCGUGGCUAUCACUUCGUUCAAGGCUGACGCCAAGAAAAAGAAUGGUAAAAAGGCUAAGAAAAGUGCUGGCUCGGACACUGAUCCCACUAUUCCCGAGUCUCAUGCCAUCUUCUCCGGUGCGAACCCCGAGAACCCCCGUUUGAGCUCUGCGGUCGCUGAACCCAACCAGGUAGCUCCUGGCCCGGUCGCUCGCAGCCUCCAGCUGUCAAACUGGAAUCCUGUCACUCCCAUGCGCAAACUUCAGGGCCAUUUGAUGUACCUCAAGUUCGUUGCUAGCGAUUUCAAAACUUUCCAUAUCACCUCGACAGUUGACGGUUUCUACGUUAGCAAUUCCACGGAUCAGAAGUUCGGUCCUUCACCUAAAAAGAAUGAUGGCGUCGAGCACGUCUCAUUGUUGCGUUUGAUUGGUCUUGUUUCUCCUUCGACUCUGAACGCUGUCGAGCGGACUGCCAACCAGCUCGCCAAGCAGCCUCCUUUGGCUUGGAUUCCAGCAAAGAACACUAUGUUGAGUGUUCCUUGGGUAUGUGGUAAGGUUGAAGAGCCUACGGGUGAUUUAGCCCUCACUCAGAUUGUUCUGAAUGUGGACUUGUCUGCCGAAACCAAGGACUGGAAUGAUGAGCUGCAAAUGUCAUUGGAAAUGCCCAUUAUUGACGAGGAGGGUAAUUACUCGGUUCGUGACCGUAUUCUUCGCGAACAGCUUGUUAUCUCUACUGUUCAUGGUUUCAACAAGGCUGCCGUACAGGGUGUCAUGGACAUCGUCGAGGGUAACAUGCUGGCUAUGAAUCCUGACGAGCAGGAGGGCUCUAGAAUUUACUUGCGUAACGGUAUCUUUUACUACUUGGCAACCGACGCUUCUGGUGCUUUUGCUGAGCUGGGAGGUAAUGCCGCUGCCCGAGUCACUGCUGGUAAGGAUUUGAAAAACAUCGAAUCCAUCUUGGCCCUGGGCAUCGAGGGUAUCUGCCCCGUUCUCACCUCUGUUGUUGAUUACUGCGGCCGUCGCGUUGUUGCCCAGGCACCUGUUCCUGGUGUGUUCCGUGAAAUCGACGAGGAACAGAUCCAGUAUGGAAUCAAUGAAGGUCGCGAGAAGGUCUUUGCUAAAGAGGACUUAGAGGCGUGCCUUUCUAAAGUCGCAGACUUUUUCCACCUAAAGAAACACACUGUGUACGCCAAAACCAACAAGGCUGACCUCGUCACAUCCAUGGAUACCAAGGUUAUGAGGGGCACUGAUGGACGCGAGUAUCUUCUUGACCUUUAUCGUCUCACCCCCCCUGACCUCUCUUUCCUUGACGCUAAUCCUGAUUAUAUUCAUAAGAUGGCUCUUUUGCGUCCCGAGGCGGUCAAAGAGUGGUUCAGUGAAAAGGCUCGUCCUGCAGUUACCGAAGCUGGUGAAGAAGGUCUUACCCAGGACCAAAUUUCUGACAUUAUUGCCAAGUACAGAUUGAAUCCGGACGUUUUCAUUGAUGAAGCUGAUAUCCCCAAAGAAGACCUCGAGCAGUUCCGCGCCGACAAGGAGGCUGUUCUUGAGGCAUCUGCUUUGAUCACCACAAAACACAUUCCUAACUAUAUUGAAGCUCUUGUUGAAGGUAAGGCUACAUAUCCUAUGGACGGUGCUCAAUUGACCGCUGGCAUGCACGCUCGCGGUAUCAAUAUGCGUUAUUUGGGCGCGCUUCAUGCAGCAACUGGAGAGAACCCCCUCUUUGAUAAUUUGCGUUCUCUUAUCCAGCAGGAGACUGUUGUUCGUGCCACCAAGCACUAUGUGAACCGUGUUGUUUCCGCUCUUUCUCCUUUGGACGCUCAUGCUAAGAUCGCAGACAUUGUCAACCAAAUGCGCAGUGGUCAGCCGCCCGCCGAGCUUGUGGAAGAAGUGCAGCGCCGCUUCCGCUUCAAGUUGCCAAACGACUGGGCGACUCAGCUUAGCCGCCGUUCGUUCCUGCGCGAACUCUCACUUCAGCUUGGCCUACAGUGGUCUUCUAGCGUUUUGGAAUCUAAAACUGUUCAAGCAUCCCAGCUACUUGCUGUUGUCCCCAAACUCCGCUCCGUCCAGCACGGUUCUUCUGUUGCUGAUGAAGCUCUAGACACUGGACGUCAGUCUGUGGCUCAGGGUGAUAUCGAACCUGGUCUCGAAGUAAUUUCUGAGGCAGUUUCCUUGUUUGAUCAGAUUUAUGGUGCGGUUCACCCCGCAGUUGCUCGCGCUUACAGUGCCGCAUCUUUGGCCUUCAAUGAACAAAAAGACUUUGAUCGUGCUGCCGAGUAUGCCCGUUCUGCAAUUGCUGUUAAUGAACGUACACAGGGCCUCGAUGCUUGCGAUACUUUGGUCAUGUACAAUAACCUCGCGUUCUUUGAGCGGGGGCGUGGAAAUCUCUCCCUUGCUCUCGACUGCACCAAACAUUUCCUCGAUCUUUGGGAACAGGUUGGAUUUGAGGGCCACCCUGACACUGCUACUUCGCUUGUAAAUGUUGGUGCAAUGCUUCAGGAGGCCAAGCUUUAUGAGCAGAGCUUAGAGUGGUUCAACAAGGCAAUCGCUCUUUUGGAGCAUGCCUACGGUGACAACAGUAUCCACCUUGCUACACCGAAGUUCCAGAUCGCUCAGUCUCUCCUUGUCACUGGCAAAUACAAGGACUCGGCUCGUGCCAUGGAACAAGCUCAUGACCUGUUCAAAGCCAAGUUUGGUGCGGAGAAUACUAACACUAUCGAGUGCAAGAAGUGGCUUGACUAUUUGCUCUCCACUGCCGUGAAGGACCAGAAGGCCGCCAAGAUGCGGGUCGCAGCUGCAGCUCAAGCCAAACUCUCUUCACAGUCCUUAAGGACUAAUGGUACUCCUGUCAUCGGCAAACAAUCUGCCAGCGAAGUCCUCGCUCACAUCAACAGCAGUGAAAAGAGGAAGUCAAAGAAAAAGAAGUCAAAGAAGCAUUAG